AUGAGCAAAACUGUUUUAGACAUUCGUGAGAAGGAAAUGGAGUUAAAAAUCGAACUAGAUGAACAAGCAAAGCAAACAAUCAAGAUCCUAACAGAUGCAAUGGUGUCGAUGAGUAGAAAGAUGCCUCCGCCUUCAGGUACAACGCAACAGGAACAAGAGCAGCAGCAAGACCAGCAAGACCUCCAAGAUGCACAGAUUUGUGAAUUGUGCGAGAUGGCAUGGAAGUCUACUGAAAGUAGAUUUGCAACAAUCAUAGAACAGCUGCAACGACAAGUAGCUGACCAACAACAACAACAACAACACCAACAAACUGAUGACAACACUGUACAAGCUCCAACUAAUCCCACAAAGUUUCAAGACAUUGAAAUUGACAAAGCACAGGGACUGGAGCAAUUGAGCCAGACAAAUGAUGAGGCUUCUCUUGCAGUAGGGAAAUCUGUGCCUACUUCAAAAGAAGUGGUGGUUGAUGAACAAAAAACUCAACCACAAGGGGCACAGGGACUGGAUCAAUUGAGCCAGACAAAUGAUGAGAAUUCUCUUCCAGUGGGGAAAUCCGUGCCUACUUCAAAAGAAGUGCUGGUUGAUGAACAACAAACUCAACCACGAGAACAUGCAACGAAUAUCUCCACAAUAGAAAAGAAGAGAUCCCAUCAAGAUUCCACCGGCCGGGAUUCAGGUGUGACAUCCACCUAUACCAAAAGGUCGAGAAGCACUGGUACCAGGAAAAGGAAAGCAUUCAAAGGUCCAACUAUCCCACACUUUAACCUGGGUAUCUUUUCCAGUCAGGAAGACAGUUACGAGACAACCCAGGAGAAGAACACUCAGGAAGAUGUCACAGGAAGUGUUGAUUUGGAUAAAGAUGUGAAUGAGACUAUAGAAGCAGAAGAAUAUCCAGUACCAUCUGCACUCGACGAAACAAAGAAUCUCAGUCCUUCCAUCAAUGAAAUCAUAAGAAGGGCCAGUGCACCAGCUUCAGAAUCAUUAAGUGUUAUCAAAAAACUAGAGAUUAUUGCGGCUGUUGCAAAACAAGUUGAGAAAAACCCAAAGGUGGUUGAAGCAGUCCCUUUAAGCAUAAUUCCACCCGAUUGGAAUAUUGCUUCUACCACGGGUGGUCUACUCAUGCUGGACAAAAAUGAGUGUACCACGCCACCGCCUGCAAUCUCAAAGAAAGCUGAAGUACUUGACGAAGGGUUAACAAAGACAGUGGAAAAGAUCCUCAAUGAAAAACCUAAGAGGAGACAUCCACCAAGAGUCCACCAGUUGCCCGAACGGUUCAGCAAUUUCUUGUUUGAAUUUGGAAAAAUCGUUUGGGCAGACAGGACAACAUUCUAUUCCAUGAGGGAAGGGACAUUGAUAGAAAACAGCAUCAUAGAUGCUUGGGCUGUCAUCCUAAACAAAGAAGAAGCUAAAAGUGACUCCCCAAGUUGGAUAUUCUUUGGCGUUUCCUCAUUUAUCUACUUCCCAGUACACUACCGAGACCAUUACUUCUUGUAUGUGUUGCUGGUUGAAGAAAAGAAAGUGCUUGCAUUCAACAAUUUUCAUGCAAAAGAUCUAGACUACUACAAGCCAACAAAAGAUCUUUUUCGGUUCUUCCAAAUGUACCUUCAAUGUGUGUUUCCACAUAUAGAACUGGUCACUGCUCAGUACACCUUGACAGAGGUUACGCUACCAUCAUACAAGGACAAAACGCCGAAUGCGGAAGAUUGUGGAAUAUUCACAAUGCACCACAUGGAGUGGUAUGAUGGUGGUGACUACGAGGUCGGUACUACUUUGGAUUUCCACACAGGAAACAUCAAAGAGUACCGGUGGAAAUACAUGUUAAAAAUCGUUAUGCACCCAUCCAACAAAAAUAAGGACAAAAUCCUCGAAGCAAUGCAACAGUUCUAUACAAAUACUGCUGAAGAAGAACCAAGAGAAAUUCCAGAUCAUGUUGAUUUGAGCAGCAAAUCUUACUACAAUGAUAGAAAAAUUCAGGGAUGGGUUAAAUGA